AUGUAUUUCCUGUUGAUGAUAAGUCUUCUUUUUCUGACUGUUAUUCGCGCUGGAUAUCCCCCGACCCCAACUGGCUUGACUGUGAUCAAUUCGACAUUUCUGAAAGGAGCGCAAAUAUCCUAUAAACGGGUCAAGGAUGGAAUUUGUGGCAAAAAUGGGACAAAUUCAUAUGCUGGAUAUGCCAAAUUCCCACCGAAUACGAUGCACGGAGUUGAUCAAAACUACCCGGUCAAUCUAUUCUUCUGGUAUUUUGAGUCUCAGAAUAAAUCGACGGAUGAUCCGCUCACAAUUUGGCUCAACGGAGGUCCCGGUGCAUCGUCGAUAUUUGGGUUAUUUGCAGAGAAUGGGCCUUGCCAGGUCCUUGAAGACUCCAGAACAACAAAGCCAAACGAGUACUCGUGGAAUAGAUAUUCCAAUAUGCUUUAUCUAGAUCAGCCUGUUCAGACGGGAUUUAGCUAUGAUAAUAUUACCAAUGGGGUUAUUGACUUGGAAACGUCGAAUAUUAUACCUGGCGGAAUGCCAAAUAAUACAAUAAUUGCCGGAGUCUUCUCGAGUCAGAACGAGCUCAAUACAGCCAAUACCACGGAGAAUGCUGCAAGGCAGUUUUGGUACUUCCUUCAGCUUUGGACUCUGGACUUCAACAAGUAUACCGAGAGCAGGAGAAAUUUCGACAUAUACUUAUGGACGGAGUCAUACGGUGGCAGAUAUGGCCCGACUUUCGCGAGGUAUAUUAUGGAGCAAAACUCCAAUAUUCAAUCGUUGAAGGUAAAGGGCAAAGUCCUGGUUUUGAAAGCUCUAGCAAUCAUCAAUGGUUGUAUUGAAUUACCACUCCAAUCGUUCUCAUAUCCUGCAAUUGCAUUCAAUAAUUCCUAUGGAAUUCAGAGAAUCGACGAGAAGGCGAAAAACGAGUCAGAAGGCGCUCUGAGCCAUUGCCUUGAAAAGAUUUCCGAGUGUCGACGCCUUGCUGCAACCUAUGAUCCUGAUGUCAUUGGCAACGUUGAAAAUGUGACUAGCAAAUGUUACGAGGCAAGCAAUUUCUGUGCGAAUAAUGUUGAGGGCCCUUAUGUGAACCAGAAAAAAUGGGGUUAUUAUGAUAUGUCUCACUGCUACCUUGAUCCAUUCCCACCUGAGUAUUAUGUCGGGUUUCUGGCACGUCAUGAUGUGCAGCAGGCAUUGGGAGUCCCCGUUAAUUUUACCGAGUUCUCCCCAGCAGUCGGAAACGCAUUCAACAAGUCAGGAGACUAUGCGAGAAGCGACAAGAAAGGAUAUCUGGAAGAUCUCGCUUACCUGCUAGAUUCCAAUGUCCCCGUGACAUUGGUAUAUGGCGAUCGCGAUUACGCUUGCAACUGGAUCGGCGGAGAAGUUGUUAGUCUUGCGGUCAAGUAUAAUGGCUCAGUGCAGUUCAAAAAUUCCGGCUACGCGGACAUUAUAUUGAACUCUACCGAAGAGAAUAAUUGGGGGGUUGUACGGCAGCAGGGUAUCUAUUCGUUCAUUCGUGUCUACCAGGCUGGCCACACAGUUCCUUCUUAUCAACCAGCGCUCGCGCUAGAAUUAUUUCGUCGGUCACUUUCAUACCUUGACUUUGCAACGGGGAGUGUUGAUUUGGUCACUCAUUUGAAUUACUCGACUGGUGGACCCGCGAACUCCACUCAUACUGAGAAAGACCUUCCUACACCAUCUCCAACAUGUUACUUCUGGUCCAUGGAGUCGUCAUGCGCAGACAAUCAGAUUGAGGCCAUAAGAGAAGGGAAUGCAACGUUCAGAAAGGAUUACAUCGUUGCCUUUCCCACGCCUUCUCCAGGCACAUGUCCGAUGGCCAACUAG